AUGAACAAUAGCAGCAAUGUCCAACAACAUCAGCCUUACACUUUUCCUGACUACGAUAUAAUUCAGCAAGAGGAAGAAUCCUAUUUUGGCGACUAUGAUCGUGCUGUUGCUGCUGCUGCCCUGACUGCAGAUUACUACGACAGUAACUAUGACCAAUACCACCCGGAUGGAUUUGUCGAACAAGAAGAUGAGAAUGUGAUGGAACUUGAUCAAGAAGAUGACCAACAACGACAAGGUGAUGAAAACAACAUUGAGCACCUGUACAAUUAUCAGGAGGAUUCAUUAUUGCAUCUCAUUGUCGGUGUUCAGUCGUACCUGUCGGAUAUGGCGAACGCCGGUAUCGACCGCAACGAUUCACCCUUGCUUGAUUUGCAGUACAAGAUGUACACUUAUCUCAAACAACGUGCCUGUGAUAUGGGGGUCGAUGCCGAAAACUUGUGUUAA